AGUUACAGCUUCUGUGCGAUUGUCAUUGUGAUUCGAAUUUCAGUUGUCCUAUUUGGUUGUUGUGCUUCUACUUCGCGUAGAAUGUAAAAUUAAGAUUAACUUUAAAACUUCUCAACUGUUGGUCAUGGAAAUCGAUCCCGCACACACGUAACACGAUCGCCCCAAAUGAAGCCUGUUCCAUGAUGAAAAUGACUGAAGGUUCUGACUCAAAUCGACCCCGUGACAUGCUGAUGAAAUAGCUAACUACGAAGCGGAUCUAGACUCUGGAAUGUGUUGACAUCUGGUGAGAAUGAUGCGAGAAUCUUGAUGAACCUGAUUGAACCAAACCUACAGGAUGUAACGCAGCAAGAGACUUGCGUCACUUGCUUGCUUACUUGCAAUUGAGAGAACUCAUUGAAAAGCUGUUGAUAACGAGCUCAGUGGAGCAAGCGUGUGUAAGUGUGUGUGAGUGUUCUCAAGUCCACUAACACUACGCUACGCCUUGAGACUCAAACUGGCUCUUCUAGUCAGAUAAGUACUCACAAAAUGGGCCAAGAGGCAAAGCUGGUUGAGAAGCUGCCCAGUGCGCAGGACUGGCGCAUCUGGUAUCGCGGAGUCACGAACGAGGUCUCGCGCCUCGGACUCCAGGAGUACUGGGAUAAUCGUCUUGCUGGUAAUCCUCCGGGGAUUCCGCAGGCGAAUAUCGCUGGCAACAACGCGAUCCGGGAGAAGUGGCGCGACCUGAAGGAUGCCAUCUACAAGUCGUGCACCGGGUCCGUGUCCACGUGGGUCAACACUCAGCACUACAUCAACGACGACGCUGCGCAGCUGUUCAUGCGUAUUCGGGAUGUUGGUCGCUUCAAUGUUGCCUCCCGUGACCAGCAGCACAUCAAGAUAGACCUCCUCGAUCGACGCCAUGCAUUUCGACAACCGCGACGCGCCGAAGGAUGCUCCGACGUUCCUGGCCCAGAUCCACGAGCUGACGGAGAUGGCGCCGAGUGUCUACGUCCCGGAGCCCGGGCGUCCGGUCGAAGAUCGUCAUGUCAAGAACAUUCUGGACAAGCUGCCCAAGAUGUUCGCGUCGGCCUUCCGCCAGACCAUCGACCGCUGCGUGGACGAGUCCGAUCACAUCACCCUCCAGGAGAUCGGGAACCGUCUCGAGAAGAAGCUCGCGCAGUUGGUCAAGGAAGGUUCCUACAAGAUCGAGAGUCCGUCCUUUGGCAAGGCCUUUCCGGUCAUCGAGGAGAAGUCGAAGAAGAAGAAGGGAAACAAACGUCAGAGAGACGAUGAUGAUGAGGAGCCGGACUCCGCUGAUGAUGGUCAAAAUGCUGCUUCUGGCAAGGUGUUCUCGGCGAAAGCCUUGAAACGCAUGAAAGCCAAAUUACGCAAGCAGACCGAAGCGAGUGUCCUGGCUGCCCAUGGCCUGCCCCCGAAGUCUAACGCUAAGGGUGGAAGUGGCCAGAAAGGUGGCGGCAAGACUGGUCGGAACCAGAGCACUCCCUACAACACUGUGACCAAACCCAAAUGUUGGAUCUGUGGCAAGGAAAACCAUAAGGCUGACCGUUGCCGCUGGAAUCCUAACAAUCAAGGGAAAGGUCAGUGGGGUGGUGUCUGGGGAAACCAGCAGCCGCAGUUUUGUCCGCCGGUGAACCAGAACCAGAUGAACAUGCAGAAUCAAGGGCCGGGAGCCGGUGGAAAGCAGGGUGGUUGGGUCUGGCAAGGUCCAGCCUGACUAGAUGAAGGAGAUGUUUAUAUCUCGGAGUAUGGUCGUUGUUUUCUGAACUUCGAGAAUUUAGAAGAAUUUGACUCAAAUUAUUCUAGCUGUUUUAUUGCACAGACCAAGGACGAAGUGAGCUUCCUUGGUCGAUUCAUGUGCAAACAAGUAUUUAUCUAGACACAAGUCGGAUUUUAUUGACAUCUCGAGCAACGUCUGUCGCAUCAACGGCACGGCCGGGGCUCGUGAUGGUUUUGUCGGAAAACUGAAGGAAAACGCUUUAGGUUUACCCUACGGCGUCUACUUUAAGCAUCUUCCUAGAGAUAUUGAUCGUAUUCUUCCGUGGCUCGGUGAGGACAAUCUCAGUGAUCGCGGGUGGGAUCUGAACUACAACAGCUCUGGCGGUUCUCUCGUCAACAGGGAAUCCGGUCAGAUGCUACCAAUCAAGAACCACGAGAGGUUGACCCUCCCAGUCCUUGGGUGUGAUCUUUUCGUGGUGGGCCUACGGGGUCAGGCGACUAGAGACACCACGGAAGACAUUGCAUGCAUUACAAUAGAGGAAAGUAUUGCUAGUUGUCAUCUUACGCGUCUAGAACAACAUAGAAGAUUCGGACACUUUCAUGUAGAUGGUCUUGAUGUCCAGUGUCCUGAAUGCGACAAAGCGAAAGGCGCAAGAAGCUCUCACGCCAAGGAGCGAGACACUAGUAAUUACAAGCCUCAGCCAUUGAAACUACUUGCGAUGGAUUUCGCGGUAGGUAUUAAACCUGUAUCGAUUCGGUCACGCACCUGCGUGCUUGUGGUCAUCUGUGAAGCCAUCAAGAAGUGUUUCUGUGUCCCUCUUAAGCUGAAAAGUGACUGCGUUGAGGUUUUGGAAGAAUUGAUCAAAGGCAUUCGCCAGAACUACGCUUUGACCCUCGAGGACAAGGUGGUAUGGUUCGUCCGUAGGGACAGUGAGCCAGUUCUGGGCAGUGACUCCAUGACCAAGGUCAUGCAAUCGCUGCGGGUCGGUGAUGCUCCUGCGGUUCCCUACAACCCAGAGCAGAACGGAACCUGCGAGCGCUUUAUGCGGACCAUAUUCGGCGCUGUGCGUGCGAUGUUGGUGAACGUGGACAAGCGUCUGUGGUGCUACUCGGUCGAGUACGCUGCAGCAUGCUGGGACCGCCUUCCGCAUAAGUAUAGCAAAAUGCCUGAGUACGACGGGAAGACUCCUGCAGAGAUUCUAGAUGAGAGAACUGGAAGAAACAGCUCAAAAGUUGGCACAAGGAUGCUAAGGCGUUUUGGUUGUCUCGUUUAUUUUCGUGAACAAGUCAAGAAAGGCGAAGUUCAUGAAGCUCCUGAGGGGGGAGUAAAUGUGGUAGCUCCAAAGCUGUCCGCGCCAUUUCGUCGUGGUGUAUUUCUCGGCCUUUGUCCAAAGUCUUCGGGCUGGCGGGUUGGGACGUAUGUCACGGAUGGCCGGGCCGCCGCGGGACAUCGAUGGAUGGAGUAUUCUACCAUCGACGUCAAGUUCCGUGAGGAGUACCUCGUGAAGAAUAUUGAAGACCUAGUUCCUAACUCGAAAGGUAUUUAUGUCGAGUGUGACGCAAUCGAGGCCCUACCUAGUGGAGCGCCGUGUGCGCCAUCUCUCCCGUGUGUCGGUCUGAUAAAAAGGGCUGAGCACCGGCUGGGGGUGGAUGUCUCGGAGCACACUGGUAGGCAGCCUGACGGUCCAGAAGAGACGUUGGUGGUUAAAAGUCUGGAUAGGGAAGAUGAUCCGGGCCAGAUACAUCCCGAGCCUGAAGGUGUUAAACCUGAGGAGGGGAAUCUGGACGAUCACCCCACUCACAGCAGCUUAUCUAGUCCAAGAAAGGCGAGCCCGUCUCCGGCAAGGAUUGUGGCUGGCAACCGCAACUCCAAGCCGCGAGGUCGUGGUCGUCCCAAAGGGAGAAAGGACAAGAAAAAGCGCGCGAGACGUGCUAAGAAAGAGCUCGCAGAAUUGAGAAAAGACGCGAGUGCGUUUGCCGCAGCAAUAGCCGCACAGGAUGAUCGAGAGGAAGGUGAGGAAUUCCUUGACGUCCAGUGUUAUUUGACUACAUCGGCCAAGUUGGAUCCUGCUCGUUGCAAAGACUCAGUCGAAUGGAACGCAGCAACCAACAAGGAAGAUUGUAGACUUGAAGCCUAUAAAGUGUGGGAGCCAGCUACUGACGAGGAGCUAGCGACCGCAAAACAGGUUUUGCCUAUUGCUAUCCUUCUUACCGAGAAGCGUGACGGUACGAAGAAAGCGCGGGCAGUAGUUCUCGGUAAUCUAGAUCGUUCGGGCGAGCUGGACACUUUCGCUCCUGUUGUGUCCCAUGCCGCUAACAGGUUACUUCUAGCCGCUGCAGCCGCAGACGGUGAUGAUGUGAUCCCGUUCGACCUUGAUAGUGCGUUUCUCAAUGCCUUACUUGAUCGCGACGUCUUCUGCCGCUUGCCACCCAUCUGGGCGAAGAAGCACGGCGCGGAGAUCGUCAAGCUCAAGAAAGCGCUUUACGGCUUGAAAGACGCCCCCAGGCUCUGGUAUAAGAAGUAUGAGGAAGUACUGACCAAGCUAGGUUGGGAACCCUGUCCCUCUGCGCCAGGUCUGUGGAAGAAGCCGGGCUUGGAAUUCCCUGGGAAGUUUCUGAAGUUGGCAGUGUAUGUCGACGAUAAUCUUAUCACAGGUCCUCCGACUGGGUCCGAGUUGGCUGGAGAACUUGCGGAGAUCUUGCACCACGUCAAGGGGCGCAUGAUCGACGUCGAGCUUGUUCCGGAGUUUAACUCUGUGUCCAAGAAGUUCGACUUCCUAGGGUCAGUAGUGUACUACAACUGGAAUCUACGAACCGUUAGGAUCGUGAUGUCAGAGUACAUAUCCAAGAUUUGUAAGAAAUUCCACGUCUCAGAAGCGGGCAAGCCGGUCCACUCGCCAAACUUCGAUGAGUCUGAACUCGCUAAAGAAGUUGAAGGAGCUAAAGUUAUUGAAGGUUUUCCCCUUCGAGAGGUCGUUGGCUCUCUGCAGUGGGCUGCAACCACCUGCAGGGUAGACAUUGUUGUCCCGGUUGCCACUGUCGCCAGAUAUGUGGGCAAGCCGGCGACUCGGCCUGUCGUAAACGCCUGUAAGAAGAUUCUGAAGUAUCUACUGACAACGAAGGAGCAGGGUCUGUCGUAUAGUCCGGAGAUUGAGGAAGAAUUCAACAGAAUCUACAGCAAGCUACUGCCCGAAGGGAGAGACUUGCCUGAUGUGAGUCUGUUUUCGGAUGCUAGUUUUGCGAACUGUUGCAAGACCAUGCGAAGCACUAGUGGUAGCAUUAUGUACUUCCGCGGUUUCCCGAUCUGUUGGCGUAGCAACCGGCAGACCGUGAGGGCGUACUCCACGGCGGAGGCGGAGUAUAUAGCUGCUUCCGACACUAUUGUGCUGAGCGAGCAGAAUGACUUUACAGAGUUCUUCAAACCUCUACCCACUGUCAUGGUGGAGAAGCAGAAUGGCUUAUCUCCCUCCCUGGAUGAUGCCAUAUUGUGGAUCGACAACCAGUCCGCGAUAACUACAGCUAAGAGCACAGACAACAAACCGAAAUCGAGGCACUACGCACUGCGAUAUCUCCGCGUGAGAGACGCAGCGAGCCAGAUCAUGUUCUGCCCGACCUACCUAAUGAAGGCAGACGGUCUCACGAAGCUCGAGUGUAGUGUGCCGCAGAGACGCUUACUCUUGCACCAUAUUGAUAACCCCGACCCUAAGUCUUUUAUUUGUGACUCCUCUGACGAUGAGGAUGAUUUAGACACGUUUAUAGAGGGGAAUCACAAGGGCAAGGCUAAAGUAGGCUAUACUUAUUCGAUUUAUUUUGGUUUCUAGAGGGGAUAGCUAGUUCACCACAGCGCGCUCAGGAGGGGAGUGUGGUAGGACGCUAUCCAGAUUAGCACCACCGCCGCAGCGAUUGAGGAGGGGUGUUGGUCAUGGAAAUCGAUCCCGCACACACGUAACACGAUCGCCCCAAAUGAAGCCUGUUCCAUGAUGAAAAUGACUGAAGGUUCUGACUCAAAUCGACCCCGUGACAUGCUGAUGAAAUAGCUAACUACGAAGCGGAUCUAGACUCUGGAAUGUGUUGACAUCUGGUGAGAAUGAUGCGAGAAUCUUGAUGAACCUGAUUGAACCAAACCUACAGGAUGUAACGCAGCAAGAGACUUGCGUCACUUGCUUGCUUACUUGCAAUUGAGAGAACUCACUGAAAAGCUGUUGAAAACGAGCUCAGUGGAGCAAGCGUGUGUAAGUGUGUGCGAGUGUUCUCAAGUCCACUAACAUCAACAGAAAUGAUACACAAGAAGUAAUUCCUUUGGGAUUUAUGUACACCACAAAAAUUUGAAAAUUUAAUGGCAUCAAGAUCACCAGAUGAGACAAGAGGACACUGCUUUGCGGUAAACAAAAAGGUGGCAAGCGAGAGCAGGAGGCCCUUCAUUUUACAGCUCAAGAAAAGUUUUCCUGUUCUCGGUGCUCUUGGCCUUUUCUCAUGUUUUCUCUCGGGUGUUGUGUGCAGCUUCUUGACGGGUCUACCAACCAAGGAUACAACGCAGGUAGAUGGAUAAUUAAGUGGGGCUUUGUGGAUGAUCCUUUCACCGCCGGGUGCGGGACAGCUACGUGGUCGCGCAAGAUCUGGCUUGGAUUUCGUGCGCGGAACAAGUGAAUAUGCUGGAUCAGUGUUUGUAUUUGAAUUUGUUUCAGAGUAUGACUACAAAGCGGACAACCGCGCAAAAAUUCUCAACGAACAAGUUGGCGGCCAGAUCUUUCUAUUAAUCGACAUGAUCAGCUCUGCUUAUCUGCAGGCACUAUCGGUGGACGAAACACUCUUCGAUCUUCGGGAGUGGUCCAGGAAAAGCGAAUUGUUAGAGUUGUGCCGAUGCAAAGUACGAAGCACUUUUUACUCUGGUUGCUUGUAUGAAAUGAAAACAAAAGAAAAUUAG